AUGUUAAAAAAAUAUUCUGACAUGUAUUUUAAUCAAGAAUUUAUUUGUUUUAAUCAAGAAUUCAUUUGUUCAGUGUAUUUAGGAAGAAAAUGUAUUCUCAUUUUUAAGGAUAAAACUUCUCCUCUCCAAAAUCCUCCUUUUAAAGCAAUAGAAAUUGACAAAAUUAAAAAAAAAGAAUUUAUUGAAAAAAAAGAUAAAAGUAUUUGUGAACUUAGACUUACUGUUAAAAAUUCAAAUUCAUAUUUAUUUGAUAAAUAUAUUUUAUCAGGAGAUCAAAAUCAAAUUAAUAAUCUUCAAAGUCAAAUAGACACUUUAAGUCAAGGAGAAAUAAAAAUAUUUUCUUCAUCUCAAUUAAAAUUACUUUAA